CUGGUCUGGGUCGGAAAUGAGCUUGAGCUUGCGCAGCAACUGCAAGCUCUCUCUCUGUUUUUAUGCUUUCCGUUGGUUGAAUUCCCCUAAACCCACGCUAAUUGUUCAAACAAGGAAAUCUUUUCAAUAAUAAGAAAAUUUGUUUUGAAUAAAUCAAUUUGUCAAUAUUCACCAAAUGAGUUUACUCCUAUCCAAUUUGUCGAUGAUGCCUAUAAAAAUGGGUAAAUACCUCUCUAAGCCUUGCAUACCCGAAUCCUCUCUUCUUGGUAGCACAAGCCGCCGUUCCCUCAAAUCUUUAGCUCCCAAGUUGCUUACAAAACACAGUAAAGGUAGUUGGGUCAGGUCUACAGUUGCUUUUAGAAUCAGAGUUAUGUCGGCUUCGAUGAAUUCGUCUUCUCCAUUGGCUGCUGAAAAUGAGGUUCGGGAGGUUAAACUGCUUGAUGCAAUCAAUGAUGAUCAUGAAGGUGUCAUCGUAAAUAUGAAAGAACCCAUGGAUUCUAAGGCAUUUUCUUCGGCACUUAGAGCUUCGAUUGUACACUGGAAACAUCAGGGAAAGAAGGGAAUUUGGAUCCAAUUGCCUAUUGAGCUGGUGAAUCUCGUUGAACCUGCAGUUAAGGAAGGGUUCUGGUACCACCAUGCAGAGCCAAAACACUUGAUGCUAGUUUACUGGAUUCCUGAAGGCAUUCACACUCUUCCUGCGAAUGCCUCUCACCGAGUGGGAAUUGGUGCAUUUGUCAUGAAUGAUAAAAGAGAGGUGCUAGUGGUCCAAGAAAAGAGUGGCGUGCUCCGCGGAAAAAGCAUUUGGAAGUUUCCUACCGGAGUUGUUGAUGAGGGGGAAGACAUCUGUGCAGCAGCAGUCAGAGAAGUCAAAGAAGAGACAGCGAUUGAGGCGGAGUUUGUAGAAGUACUAUCUUUCAGACAAAGCCACAAAUCAUUCUUUGGGAAAUCAGAUUUGUUCUUUUUGUGCAUGUUGCGACCCCUCUCGUUUGACAUCCAGGCACAGGAAUCUGAGAUAGAGGCAGCUCAGUGGAUGCCAUGUGAGGAAUAUGCAGCCCAACCAUUUGUGCAAGAAAAUGAGUUGUUAAAAUACUUAUAUGAUGUGUGCUUAGCAAAGAAAGAUAAGGGUUACUCUGGGUUUUCUUCUGUGCCUACGACUUCAAGCUUCUCAGAUAAGAGGCACUACUUGUAUUUGAAUAGCCAGGACCUCAACGGGAAGUAUGGUGGCCUUUGAAGCUCUUACUCUGGAAAGUGACGCGAGCUCUGCACUUGAUUCUUUAGACUGAAAUAAAUAAUUCUGUGUUAUUUGGUUUGUUGUAUUUAAUGUUAAUUUGAAGAAAAUAUAAAAUCUUUAGCUUGAUACCAAUGACCAUGUAUCUAUGCUGCAAAUUUUUUAUGCAGUUGCCAGUCAAACGAAUAAAGAUUAUAGUUACUGGACUUUUUUAU